AUGAACAUCGUAGUGGAGUUCUUCGUGGUCACUUUCAAAGUGCUCUGGGCGUUCGUGCUGGCCGCGGCGCGCUGGCUGGUGCGGCCCAAGGAGAAGAGCGUGGCCGGCCAGGUGUGCCUCAUCACGGGCGCCGGCAGCGGCCUGGGCCGCCUUUUCGCGUUGGAGUUCGCCCGGCGCCGGGCGCUGCUGGUGCUCUGGGACAUCAACACGCAGAGCAACGAGGAGACGGCGGGCAUGGUUCGCCACAUCUACCGCGACCUGGAGGCAGCCGAUGCCGCCGCGCUGCAAGCUGGGAAUGGUGAAGAAGAAAUUCUGCCCCACUGUAACUUGCAGGUUUUUACCUACACCUGUGAUGUGGGAAAGAGGGAGAAUGUCUACUUGACCGCAGAAAGGGUCCGCAAAGAAGUUGGUGAAGUCUCAGUCCUGGUCAAUAAUGCUGGUGUGGUUUCUGGACAUCAUCUUCUGGAAUGUCCUGAUGAGCUCAUUGAGAGAACCAUGAUGGUCAAUUGCCAUGCACACUUCUGGACCACUAAGGCCUUUCUUCCUACAAUGCUGGAGAUUAAUCAUGGUCAUAUUGUGACAGUUGCAAGUUCCUUGGGAUUGUUCAGUACUGCUGGAGUUGAGGAUUACUGUGCCAGUAAAUUUGGAGUUGUGGGUUUUCAUGAAUCCCUGAGCCAUGAACUAAAGGCUGCUGAAAAGGAUGGAAUUAAAACAACCUUAGUUUGCCCCUACCUGGUAGACACUGGCAUGUUCAGAGGCUGCCGAAUCAGGAAAGAAAUUGAGCCCUUUUUGCCCCCUCUGAAGCCUGAUUACUGUGUGAAGCAGGCCAUGAAGGCCAUCCUCACCGACCAGCCCAUGAUCUGCACCCCUCGCCUCAUGUACAUCGUGACCUUCAUGAAGAGCAUCCUUCCUUUCGAAGCAGUCGUGUGCAUGUAUCGGUUCCUAGGAGCGGACAAGUGUAUGUACCCUUUUAUUGCUCAAAGAAAACAAGCUACAAACAAUAAUGAAGCGAAAAAUGGAAUCUAAGAAUCUUUUUGUAUGAAAUAUCAUUUCUAUCAGAAGACGAUCAAGAUGUUUCAGUCCAGUACACAUCAGCGUUACUGACAUUCUGUGGAUUCUAACCCCAUGUUGACUUUUUUAAAAAAUCAACUUUUUAAAAAAAUAAAGUGUAAAUUAACUGACUAGAGUGCUUGGGAAAUGUGAUCAGUCAAAGUGAGCUAAGCUUGUUGCUAACAGGAUCCUUUUAGACAGGACCCUAAAACCAGUCUGAUCUUUAGACAAGCACUGUGUGACAUCUUUGGGCUUUCCUUAUUUUUUUAAUGAACAGAAAGUCUAGAAAUGAUAACUACAGUGUGUUUCACAUGUGUGAUUUUUCUGAAUUCCAUAGAGUUUAUUCAUUCUUUUCAGUAAACUCUAGCCAACUGACAUCCUUGCAACUUCAAGGACUGUAGGGCUAUAUUUUCUCAUCUUUUCUAAGGUCCAGUAGUGUAAAGCCUGUGUGGCUUUUUCAUGGUAUCUGUAUGUUCAGCUCUUUUUAAAAAGGAAUUUUGAAAUCUCCAUCCAUUUGAAGUCAGUGAUGUCUGAGCAUUACAGUAAAGAUGAUCAGGUCUCAUUCUUAAACUCACAUUGACUAAAGUGUUAGGUGAUUUUUUUUUUUAUUUGACCUCUGAAAUACUUCAUUAUAUAUCUAGAGACCUAGUUAUCCAAAAAGACAUGCAUUUUCUACCUAUGAAUUUUGCUGCAUAUAGAAAGUGCCCUUUCCUCAGGAGUUGCUGCGUUUUGUGUUUGGGGCAGUACUCUUAUCUAGAGUACACAGCAGCUCUGCAAAGAACCCAUUUCUAAAAAUGGGAAUUUCUACAUUAAAAAGUCCCCAUUUUUUGUGCCAACUAUGAUUAGUGAUGGGGAAAAUCUUAUUCUAUGGAGUAUGUACGGAAGGGUGUAAAGAUUCCUUUGGAAGGUGUAUUCACAUUGUAGAACAGCAAAUGACAUUUUUACAGUAUUUUUUUGUAAAGCAAACUAUUUUGUGCCUUGAAUUUGGUAUAUGUGUAUUAGUGAAACAUUGUAAAAGUGAACUUCUACCUCUGUAUCUAAAUGUGUACCAUCCACUUGUAAAUUACUAUGAACUAUUAUGUGAUUGCUUUUUUUUUUUUUUAAUGUCUUGUUUGAAUAGUGACCAAUGUUUAAGGCUAUUAAAAAAGCCAACUUUUACUAAUUGGGAAGUUUUAUAAAGGACUGAUUAAACUUAAAGAAUUAAAUUACA